CACCGGGACCCCUCCGCUCGCCCGGGCUCAAGAUGCAGUAAAAUGGGGAGAAGGAUUCAGAUGUAAAACUACAACCUGACCAUGCAUUGAGGAGGAAACAGCCACAUGUACUGACUCCCACUUUCACAUCCCUGUGCCUGAUUUGAAGUGGCAGUGAGCAGAAGCAUAAGGUGUCUCUCAUUCUGUUUGGACUCCUUGUUUACAGAAGAGUGAUGGGGAUGCUAUUAAGCACAAAAGGCAUCACCAUAUGCCUGUUUUUUUUUGUAUUGAGUUUGGCAGCAGCUAUUGAAAUACCAUUAUCAGUUUCCCAGCUUCCAACAAUCACAGAGCAGUCCCACACCCAGGUUGCCUACCCCUUUGAUGAGGACUUCACCAUUAAAUGUGAGGCCACAGGAAACCCCCAGCCCACCUUUAACUGGACUAAGGAUGGGAAACCAUUUGAUUUAUCAUCUGACCCGAGGAUAGUUACAUCUAACAACUCUGGAACUUUUGUGAUCCAAAACCGGGGAAUCAUCAACAAUUUCCAAGGGAAAUAUCGCUGCUUUGCAUCCAACCUGCUGGGAACUGCCAUGUCAGAGGAAAUUGAGCUGAUUGUUCCAAGUGUACCAAAAUUUCCCAAAGAGAAAAUCGAGCCCCUGGAUGUGGAGCAUGGAGAUUCUGUGAUCCUGCACUGCAACCCCCCAAAAGGCAUUCCCCCUUUGCACAUCUACUGGAUGAAUAUUGAUUUGCAGCACAUCCCGCAGGACGAGAGGGUGUCCAUGAGCCUGAAGGGAGAUCUCUACUUUGCCAACGUGGAGGAGAGUGACAGCAGGAGUGACUAUUGCUGCUUUGCAGCCUUCCCCAGGCUCAGGACCAUCGUGCAGAAAAUGCCCAUGACGCUGAAGGUUUCGCGCUUAAAGCAUGCUAAUGACUCAGGCUCACCUAACGCUGCUGUUACUAAGGCAAAUUUUAUCAAGGAAAGGAAACCCAAACUGCUGAUCCCUCCUGAAUCUGCUGGCAGUAGCUCAUCAGUCACUGUCAUCAAGGGAGGUGUCCUGCUCCUCGAGUGUAUUGCUGAAGGGCUUCCAACUCCUCAUCUCAGCUGGGUCAAGGUCACGGGAAAUAUGCCCAAGGAUGAGCCAGAGACAGAGAAUUUUGGGAAGACCCUGAAGAUCGACCAAGUGACAGCAGCUGAUGAGGGGACGUACCAGUGCACAGCCAGCAACCCCAUGGGCAGGGCCAGGCACGAGUUCCACGUGCAUGUGGAAGAGCCCCCGCAGUGGCUGAAGAAGCCCCAGGGUGGGGUCUACAGUGUGGGGACAAACCUGGUGCUGCUGUGCGAGGCCAUCGGGAACCCCGAGCCCAGCAUCCAGUGGAAGCUCAAUGGGAUGCCCAUCGAUGGCAGGACCUUCCGAGGGAGAAUCUCCACCAGGGAGAUCAGCCUGACCAACCUGCAGCUGCAGGACAGCGCCGUGUUCCAGUGCGAGGCCACCAACAAGCACGGCACCAUCCUGGCCAGCGCCAACAUCAACGUGCUCAAUAUUGCCCCCCUGAUUCUGACCCCAGAUGGGGAAAACUACGCCACAGUUGUGGGUUACAGUGCCUUCCUGCACUGUGACAUCUUUGCCUCACCUGCAGCAGAUGUCAGAUGGACUAAGGACGACAGCAUCGAGCCCCUUUCAACCUUUCGUUACGAGUUAAACAAGAACGGCACCCUGGAGAUCAGGGACACCAAGAAGGAGGAUUCGGGAUCCUACGCCUGCUGGGCUGCCAAUUCUGUGGGGAAAAGAGCAAUCACUGCUAAUCUGGAUAUAAGGGAUGCUACAAAACUUGUUGUUACUCCCAAGAACCCCCGAGUGCUGAAAUCACAUUCAAUUUUAUUGAAAUGCCAGGCUGAGUAUGAUUCCCACUUGAAACACAGUUUUAAAUUAUCCUGGAGGAAGGAUGGAGAUGAGCUGCCAGUCAACAGCACAGAAGGUGGCAGGAUAAUUCUGGACAGGGAUACCCUGUUCAUAUCCAGUGUGCUCCUGGAGGAUCAGGGAGUUUACACAUGUGUGGCCAGCACUGCCCUGGAUGCUGCUGAGGCUGAGGCACAGCUGAUUGUUCUGGAUGUUCCUGACCCACCAGAAGACCUCCAGCUCUCAGAAAACCAAAACCGGAGCGUUCGCCUCUCCUGGAAGGCUGGGGCCAGCCAUAACAGCCCUGUUAAUGAGUCAAUAAUAGAGUUUGAAGAGAACCACUGGGAGCCGGGGAAGUGGCAGGAGCUCAGCAGAGUGCCAGGGAAUGCCAGCACAGCCCUGCUGUCCCUGGCCCCCUAUGUCAAUUAUCAGUUCCGCGUGGUGUCCGUCAACGCCGUGGGCAGGAGCCAGCCCAGCAAACCCUCCCUGCGUUAUGCGACCCCUCCAGCUGCUCCAGAUAAAAACCCAGAGAACAUCCGAGUUGAAGCUUCUGAACCCAAUGAAAUGGUGAUGAAAUGGGAGCCUCUGAAGCCCGUGGAGAGGAACGGGCCAGGGCUGGAGUACAAAGUCAGCUGGAGGCAGCGGGGUGUGGAGACUGACUGGAACGAGGAGCUGGUGAAGAAGCACUCCCUGAGCGUGAGGAACGUGCCCACCUUCGUGCCCUACGAGAUCAAAGUCCAGGCUGUCAAUAAUUUAGGAUCUGGCCCCGAACCAAACAUCACCAUUGGAUAUUCAGGAGAGGAUGUUCCAGAUGCUGCUCCUUCGGGCGUGUCGGUGGAGGUUGUGAACAGCACCCUGGUCAGAGUUUUCUGGUUUGGGAUACCAAGGGACAGAGUUCGUGGGCACUUAAGAGGCUACAAGGUCAGCUGGUGGAAAACAAAAAGCAUGCUGGAUGGAAAGAGGCAUCACCCAGAGAAACACUUCCUGACGUUUGUGGGAGACAGGAACUCUGGGAUGAUUCCUGGCCUGGACCCCUUCAGUGAAUUCCGCCUGACAGUUUUGGCUUUCAACUCCAGAGGAGAUGGCCCCGAGAGCACCCCUGUGGUGUUUGAAACUCCAGAAGGAGUCCCUGAACAGCCACGUUUUCUCAGGAUCCUGAACUUUGACAAGGACUCAGUCACUCUGUCCUGGGGACUUCCCAAGAAAGCCAAUGGCCACCUCACUGGCUACAUUCUGCAGUACCAGAUAAUCAACGAGACGCGCGAGGUGGGCGCCCUGAGCGACGUGAGCGUCACCAACCGCUCGGCGCUGAGCUGGCACCUGGCCGGGCUCAGCCCCAGCACCAAGUACAAGUUCUACAUCAGGGCCUGCACGGCCAAGGGCUGCGGCAAGGCGGCCACCGAGGAGGGGCUGACGCUGGCCCAGGGCGGUAAAGGGAGCAGCAGGAUUUCAGACGCAGUAAAGCCCACCCCAAAGUUUCAGCCCAGCGAGGCCCUUGAGCCUGGCACUGAGUACACAAUCCGCCUAGUGACUAAGAACUGGGUGGAUAACAAUAGCAUUUUUGAAGAUGUAAUUGAGACCAGGGGCAGAGCCUACGCUGGCAUUUACGAGGGGAUUUCCACCCAGGGCUGGUUCAUCGGGCUGAUGUGUGCCAUCGCCUUGCUCACCCUGCUGCUGCUAACCAUUUGCUUUGUCAGAAGAAAUAAAGGAGGCAAAUAUUCAGUGAAAGAAAAAGAAGAUUUGCAUCCAGAUCCCGAAGCUCAAUCAAUAAAAGAUGAAAUCUUUGGGGAAUAUAGUGACAGCGAUGAAAAGCCGCUGAAAGGCAGCCUGCAGUCACUUAACGGGGACAUUAAAGCCACGGGAAGUGCUGAUAGUCUGGUAGAUUAUGGAGAAGGGGAGCAUGGCAUGUUCAAUGAAGAUGGUUCAUUUAUUGGAGCUUAUUCUGGAUCUAAGGAGAAAGGAUCCGUGGAAAGCACUGGGAGUUCUACGGCGACUUUUCCUCUCCACGCCUAAAAUGAUUGAAUUGUGUUAUUUAUCCUGGGUAGCUCUCCACAGUUCCCACGGGAGCAGGGUGCUGGUUGAAACCAGUCAGGAAAUUCCUGACAUCCAGGUAAUACAAAAACGAGUCACUGCCACUAAAAGGUGAUUUUUUUCCAUCCGAAUUUCUAUGUGUUUUCUUCUCAAUAAAACAGAAUAAUUCUUUAUUCUACACGAUGUGUUAGUCUGAGCAAACCAGAGUUUCUCAGUGUCCUUACCUGCUGCUCCAGGUGUUUUCUUAGGCUUGGAAUAUGUUUCUCUGUGUAGUAUUUUUGCCCUGUAUGGCUGCUGUCACAGGUCUGUGUAUAAAAUUCCCUCAUGGCCUUGGUUAUUACCUCGAGGUUAUGGCACCAACAAGAAAACAUUUACUCUUCAAAGUGACACAACGAGGAAAAUUAGAAUUUUAAAAUACCAGAGAAAUAUAUUCUAUAUAUUGUAUAAUUUUUCCUAAAGAUAUAAACCCCUUUGUGUAUGAUAUUCAAAAAACUGUUUUAGUGGUUACAGCUGACUUCAGUUUCCAAUACUUAGAAAUGCAGCUUUACCCACAGGAGAGUGUGGGUGAAGCUGCUGCCCAGUAGCUGGCACUAUUUCCUUAAAUAAGUUAAGCUGCAGCUCUUCCUGUGGCAAGGCAAAACAGGGUUUCCAUCCACCAUCACUCGAGAUAUUUUUCAUUUUUCCCAGCUGCAAGCUGCAUUUCUAAGCAAACUCCUUGGUGUCUGUCUCAUAUCUGUAUAUUUGUGAGCUAGCCAACAUUUCAUGGAGACGUUGUACAUAUGAUAUUAAUAUUGACACAAGUCCAGAGCAGCCUGGUUUUAUUUUGAACUGAGACAUGUUGCUAGCAUGGGUCUGUAUAGCUGUGUAGGAAUGAGUAGAAUUGCUUCUCAGUAUGGAUUUGGACCAGCAAAAUUAGUUUUCAGAAGGAGUUGUGUGUAUAGGAAUCAUCCAAACCUCACACCAUUCAAGCAUCACCUAAACUAGACCUACCUGACUUUCAAGAGUUCAUUUCUUUUCAGCCUGUUAAAUAAACAAAAACAAAAGUAAAAGAGAAAAUACUAUGGUAGAGUUUGUUUUCCUAUUUUGUUGACUGAAUGCUGGUUUAAAUCGGGGUUCUUUGCCUCUCCAACACUAACUCAGCCGAGCUGUACAGCACAUUUUUUUGGUCUUUUUGUAUUGGAAUCUCCUGAAUCUCUUUUUAAUAGCAUUUGUAUUUUUGAAUCUGCUUGUUUCAGUAGGGCAUCAAGGUGGCUUCAUUUCUUCUGUCACUCCCAUUAUAAAAGUUUUUCAGUAGUUCCUGUGGGAGGAAUAGAUCCUAAAAGCUGUUUGGUAUCCUGAUAGCAAUUAGGCAAAUAUCCCCAAAUGGCUCCUCCACGAUUUCAAUGGAAGAAAGAGAGGAAGCAAGAAUUGCUCACGUGCUUCUGAGUUUCCAGCAAGGGCUACAGUUAAGCCCAGGGAAAUGCAGAUUUUUCCCAGUGGAAAGGCUGUGGAUCCCCCACAGCUCCCCCCAGGAUCCUCCUCAGAGCUUGGCAGUUUCUGGAAGCCUUUGGUGCUCAAGCUUCUGCUUCUCUGUGCCUCUUUGUGGGUUUUUAAUUGGAGCUUUUAAGGGCUUUUUAUGUAACCUCUCUUUGGGAAAAGCAAACCCCAAACAGCCACCCCAAAAGCCCCAUUCAGGCUGUGCCUGUGAGUAUAAAAUGGUGAGUGGAAAUCUGCCCCUAAUCAAAAAUUAUCCCAUCCCAUAUCAGUGACCCACAUUAUUCCCUUUUGAUUAUUUAUAAAGUUCUGUUUUCUGCAUUUCGCUCAUUCCAAACACUGAAAAACUCCAAAAGUCUUUUAAUCUUGUGGGGGGAAAAAAAGUAAUUUUCCAAAGAAGGGAGUGCACAAUUAGAGAAAUGUGAAAAUUGGCAUCUCCUCAACAGAGACAUUUCCCAGCAGCAUCUUUAUCUGCUGACUCGUGUCUGCUGCAGCCCAAGCCAGAUACAAUCUAAGAACUGAUUAGGCUUGUGACAACCUGCUGCUUGCUCUGGGCUGGUUUUAAUGUAUUUCCUUUGGCAAUCAUCUGCAGUGAUCAAAUGUCUUUGAAAAUUCAGGAAUAAAAUUGGAGUGGGCUCCCCCAAAUCCUCCCUUUGGGCUGGGGGGGCUGCACACACCCAUCGCAUUUUCCUGUGGGUCACUGCAGAUAAA